AUGAACGGAUACGGACCCGACAAUACCCCGAAGCGAGUCAUCGGGUGGGCUCACCCUCACCUCGUUGAGCUGCUCAAGCACGCAGGCUCGACCAUCUACGUGGAUACCUCCCUCCGUCGCCUACCUCCAGGGUUCGAGCAGUGUCUCGCUCUGGUUGUGCACGACAAGCCGUCGGGGUUCUUCGUCCCAGUGUUCUACGUGCUGUGCACGCUCCGGUCGGUUGCUACUUACCGUAGCGCCCUCGGCUUUAUCGCUGGCAGUACAGGACGAAAAUUUAAGCCAGAGGAGGUCGUGUGCGACUUUGACGGCGACUUGUUGAGCGCACUGCGAGCGGAAUUCCCGAACGCCGUCGUGAAGGGGGCGGUGCAUCUCUUUAAGAAGGCAUGCCGGACUCGAAUGGAGCGACUGGAGAUCUCGGAGGAAGCCACCAACAUCGCGAUGCAGAAGGGGGUGCUCGACAUGCUGGUGUCGAUUCCGCCGGAUAGAGUUGCCACUGCUGGCAUUGCGUGGGUGAAGCAGCAGAUCAUGAUGAAGUGUGAUGGAGCUGGGGUGCCGUACGCGCAGGAGAAAUGGCGCUCGUUCUGGGUUUACUUCAGGCGCGUCUGGAUCGCGCAGUUCCCGCCCGCCGUGUGGAGUCUCCACGGGCUGAGCGACAGCAUCAUCUCACGUACAAGCAACCCUCUCGAGCAGUUCCAUAGAGAACUGGACGCAGCCUUCACGUUGCCAGACCCGGGCCUCCCGUUUUUCGUGGCAACCAUCGAGAAGAUGGCGCGCCGCCACGUCGCUGAUCUUGCAGCGGAGACGACUACGCUUCCAAGGGCGGUUGAGGUUUUUAGCGACGAAGAGGAUUCAAGCGACGAGGAGAGCACCGAGGACGACUUGGACGGAGAUGACGACGACGAUAGUGUCGAGUUUACUAAGCCCGAGUCGCCACGCGGACACGAAAGCGUCGACCGUAAUGGCGAUGCGGGAGCUGACUACUCGAGCUGA